AUGCUGACUGUUAUGGUUGAUGUUAUUCUAGUUAUCAAUAUGUGCACUAGGUUCCUGGAGACUUUCCGGCGAGUGCAGGAGAAUGGUGAGCGUGAAGACCGCCUCUACUAUGUGGAACAAGCCAAGGGCAUGGUGCGAGAGAAGAAAACGACACUGUACGUGGAAGCGAGCCACAUUGCUCAAGCCGAUUCGGAUGUGAUUAACUUCGACCCCCUCGACCUGGCACAGGUCAUCCAGACGAGAUACAUGAUCGUCCGGGAUGCUAUCAACGCAGCUGUUCCUCAGCUCCUGGCGAACAUGGACGACCAAGAUGUUCAAGCCGAGGUAGCGAAGGUGGAUGAGCUCAAGUACGUUGUGGCCUUCUGCGACAGCGGAACUGACCAGUUCACUGGCAUCCGAGACCUCCGCACCGAGACUCUGGGAAGGCUGGUGACCAUCUGCGGCACCGUCACGCGCACUACGGAUAUCAAGCCAGAGUUGCUGGUCGCUUCUUGGCAGUGCGGCGAUUGCAAGCGAGAGGUCAGUGGAAUCAAGCAGGAGUUCAAGGUCACGAUGCCAGCGCUUUGUCCUUCAAAGCACUGCGGGAAUCAAACGAAUUGGAAGCUCCUGCCCUACUCCCGCUCGACGCGAUGGGGGGAGUGGCAGCGCAUUCGGCUACAGGAGAACGAGAACGAGAUCCCGGCAGGCUCGAUGCCCCUGACCAUGGACGUGAUUGUUCGGGACGAAUGCACAGAGAUGUGCAAGGCCGGCGACAAGCUGAAAGUAACCGGCUCCCUCAUUGUCGUACCCGAUGUGCCCACACUGAUGAGCCCCUCCGAGCUGAAGUCUUCAGUGCGCAAAUCGCUGAACACCCGCUCCGACCAAACCUACGGCGGCGGCGACGGAGUACGAGGUCUCCGGUCUUUGGGCAAUCGGGACCUCACCUACAAGCUCGCCUUCUUCGGCACUUACCUGGAGGAGGACAAUGAGUGGAAGGGCCGCGGUGCCAAAGAGAAGGCCGUGAACAUCCGCUCCGAGGAGAAGCUGGAGCUGCAGAAAGAACUGAAGGACAGAAUUCUUCAGAUCUCCGUUCAUGAGAAUGCGGGCAAGCGUGACUGCCUCGACGUCCUUGCUCGCUGCGUUGCACCGACGAUCACCGGGAACCUCGACGUCAAAAAGGGCAUUUUGCUCAUGCUCGUCGGCAGCGACAAGAAGAGCACGUCAGACGGCAUCAAGAUCAGAGGUGACCUCAACAUUUGCCUGCUAGGGGAUCCUGCUACGGGCAAGAGCGAGAUGCUUCGCUGGGUCUCGAAGUUCUUGCCGCGUGCCGUCUUUGCGGCUGGGAAGUCGUCCACUGCCGCAGGUCUGACGGCCUCUGUGGUGAAGGAGGCGGAUCUCGACAAUGAGCGGCUGAUCCAACCUGGAGCGUUGAUGCUGGCUGACAGCGGCAUUUGCUGCAUCGAUGAGUUCCACUGCAUGGAUGCCAAGGACAUGACGGCAAUUCAUGAGGCUAUGGAGCAGCAGACAAUUUCGCUCUCCAAGGACCUGGACUAUGAGCAGCUCGAGGGCAACAUCGACGAGGGGUCGUUCUGGCAGGGCCCGUUGAUCGUUGCCUGGGGGGCAGAGGAGACAUAUGCCACGUCCAGUCGUACGGGGGUCGUUCGCCAGAAAGGCCACUCGGUAAUGCCGGCGUUCUUGAAGAAGAGGUGGUAUGAGUUGAUGGGGACCCAGACCUCCAUCGACGUUCGGGGCAUGUGGCCUAACGAUAAGGAGGCCGCUCGAGUUGCUGGUAACCCGCUCUGCGUGUAUGCCGCCUGGCGAGCGGCGUUCGAGCAGCAAGAGUUCAUCCCGGCCUUCCUUGUUUGCUACAACCUGCUCCAGGCCCUCGUGCCGCUCGAGGGUCGUUCGGUUUUGCAGAUCAUUUGUAGCCUGGAUGCAUCUAGGGACAUUCCGUGA